UCUCGCCCAGGAGAAGCUCGACUGCUGCACAAGCGUCGCGCCCUCCAGUCCUCCAUCCAACCAGGGAGGGACGGUCUCAGGCAGGUGCCUGGCAGGUAGGGGUUGAUCAAGUUUUGGCUCCGCAGCUGUCAAGCCGGUCAGUGGCGAUGCCGACAGAUGAAGGUAGCAACCACAGAAGAUCCUUCUCUGUCAUGGGGUUGCGGAUGGGCUUCCGCCACAGGACGGCUUCUUGCGAUGACAGCUGGGCUGCAGCCGGGGUAGCUUCGCGGAAAUCCUUGCCGCCUGCUGUAGAAGCUGUAGAAGCUGCUCCGUGCGCCGAAAGAGGAGGAUUACCACCAUCAAACGCACAAUCAUCGGCAUCUCGGGAAUCGCGGGUACGCACCAGUCCUCAUGAGCAAGAGGCUGGACAGAUGGCGGUAGUGGUGGGCAGGGACGGGUUUUCGUCAUCCACCGGUGGUGUAGCGGGAGGAGCUCGCAUCAAAGAAAAGCAGCACGGGGUUUGCUUUGAUUGCCACCCCCAGCACGAAGAGCGGCGAGCAGCAACAUCGUCAACCGUGAGCCCAGCUGGUCUCCUUUCAGACAUCCUUUCAUCAGACACGGACGCCCAAGACGUGCGACGGCUACCUUCUUCCGGAGAUGUACGACUGCUCAAACCGCCCAUAGCCCACGUCAUUACCACCACCGCCAAGAUCGACAGCAUGUUCAGAGGCAACCUCAGCAGCGGCGGCACCAACAGCAACAACAGCAGCAACAGCCAUUCUCAGGCCAAGCAGGAGUAUGGCCUCGGGACCGUGCCGAGAACGCUUGGGGGGGCAGCAUUGUCAGCAUCGGCCGUGGGCCCGCGCUCGCCAGGCAGCAGCAACGGCCAGUACACCGCACCGCCUUCGACCAACCGAUCCACAGCGCGAGCGCCUUCUACCCCCCCGUCGCCGGCAGCUCUGGGCACCAUCUCCCCCACCACCCGGCCGUACUCCCCGCGUCGCUCCAUCUCUAUCAGGACACCUAGGGCGUUGGCACCCCUCCUGACUGACGUUCGACGCGUGUCGUGGCGUCUGAAGAGCUCUCGGAGGUCUAGCGUCGGCGGCGGUGGGAGAAAGAACAGGGCCAAAGAUGGCCUUUCGUCGGGGUUCUUUUCUCCCUCUCCCUCGGCCACUCCGAGGAACGCUUCCUCCCAGAAGCAGGCGACGGGGUCGCUCAACCCCUGGGGCGGAGGCACGCCGGGGGGGAAGCCCAGCAGGACGAUGAGCAGGACUCGCUCCAUGAUCAACAAUACUUUCGGCCGGAUGUCGCUUAGGGUACCGGUCAUCUCUCCCCGGUCGGUUGUGCCGGAGACCGAGACCGAGACCGAGACCGAGACCGGGGCGGAUGCCACCUGCAUGCCUCCUUCCCCCGCUGCUGCCCCGCCCUCGCCAGCGACGGCUUCCCCUCUAGGAGAGGUUUCUUCGGAGACUCCGUGCCGAGAACGGCGUCUGUUGGGGGCUGUAGGGGGAGGGGAGGCCGCAGGGUGCUGUGCUUUGGACAUGGGCGGUGGCGACAAGGAAUACGAUAACGACGAGGACGACAACGAGAGCUCAGCAUUGCGGAGGCAGCCGCCGAUGGGGUCAAGCAUGACGUCGUCCUCGGCGUUUUUCCCGCCUGACACUGCGAGCGAUGACGACCAAGCGCAAGGCGAUUGCGAUGGAGAUGGCGAUUGGUGGGUAGAAGCAAGGGACAGGAGGACGGAGGCGUCGGAGAAGGGCAAGCAGCAUCACCUAGCGGGCGUGCGCGCCGCGGGCGGGGCGGGAAAGGGAGCAGAGCUCCCUAUGGUAACGGUUAGCGCUCGACAGGACACGUUCAGCGAGCAGUCCCGUGGGGAGGUGCCCCGCCUGGACCGAGAAGAGGAGGAGGAGGAGAUUGUGGCUCUCUCUAGCUACCUGGCCUGUGCGAGGGGUCGAGGGUGGCCAUGGUCCGGCAAGGACAUCCUCUGGGCCGAAUACGUGUCGCUCAACGGUCACCACAGGUGGGUCCGAGCGGAGCACUGUCGCCAUGCGCUCCUCCUCGUCCGCGGUUGGCUGUACCUCCUAGAGCUGCCCACAGAAGCGGUCACUCGGCACCAGACGAAAGGCCUCACUACCAGCGCCAGGGGAAGCUGGUACGUUGGGCUGAACGCCUGUGACCUCAGCCACCUCUCUGUGCCCCUUGCACCCACGGAGCCGCGGGGAGCAAGCGGGGCAAGAAGCGAUUUGGAGGCCCCCAGCUGCGGCCUGAUCCUUCACAAGCGGGGUGUGCUUGGCGCGCUGGCUUGGGUGGAGUGCCGCAGCGCGGCCAGCCGUGACGCCCUUGUUGACCACGUUAGCGCCUGGGCGAGGGCCGCCGGCACGAAAGGCACCGCUAGCAGGUCUUUCCGGGUGGAGCCGCGUUCGUCGGCGCACUUGUCGGCUGAGUUUGGUGGAGAGCGCCGGGGGAGGAAAGUGGCUAGCUUGACUGACGAGAGGCAGGCGUGCCCGUUGUGGUGAGGGUUCGUGGUUAAUGCGUACAAGAUAAGGUGUGGUGUGUGUGUGUUGCAGUUACACGAGUUUCGCCAUAGGAGAACGAUGGAUUGCUGCAUGAGGGGUUUCUGGUGGGCAGGAGGGGCGACACGCUAUAGAGGGGGGAGGGGAGGGCGCUGAGGAAUUAUAUGAACAACGUUUGCCAGUGUAGCACAAGGCCUCGUAAAACUGAAACAGUCAAACGGGAGACCAUCGGGUAGCGCUCUCAUAAUUUACCUCCGGACGGAGAGAAAGGUGGAGGUGGAAAAGCAAAAACUACAACUGCCGUAUUGAGUUUGGUAGUGUGUGCACAGCCUUUGUUUGAUUGCUUGGGAGUCUAUAUUACCGUUACAUUGGUAUGAGCGCAACAGUUUUAAUGAGCAAUAUUAUAGCGUUAGUUUGGAGUAUGUUCUUUUUUAAGCCCAGACGGUCAGCGGAGGACGCGACGUCUAUUCCUUGGGUCGCAGAGGGGGCACGCAGACAAGAAGCAUAGAUGGAGAAAGAGGGGAAGAUGCUGCGGGUAGAAUUUUGAUGUGUGAACAUGUGGAGAUACGGGAGACUUGUAUGCAUUUCGGUAGACCCUUGUCUUUGGCAAAAGCCGGGGAUUGAAAGGCGAGCCACUCGUAUCGCUGGAUAUCCCCUCCUUUUUGGUGAACUCAAGCGUAUGCAUAUGAUUGAUUGUCUUGGGAGCUGGUGGGUCGGCCGGCCGGGUACCUUUUAGAUUUGAACCAAUGCUUGAGGCGCGGGGAGGGUCGCUUGCAGGAGGAUUUCUGGAUUGCGUCGGUAAGCUUGGCGCACUACAGCAUGUUGAGAUAUUGUAAGCCUUGUCCUGUAAAUGGGUUGGGGUGCUGGGAUAUUUUGGAAUGGUGGGAUUUGAUCGGGCCGCGGUAAGACGCCGGCGCACUGGUGGUAUUAUGAAUGGUCCCUGGGCAGCCAGCCGUGAGCGUGAUGUGUGUGUACAGAUUGAUUGGUGGAGUUAUGUUGGGGCGAUGUUGCACCUUUUUUUUCAUUUCGCCGGUGAAUGCGAGGGCAUGAUUAUGAUUGCUAGCCCAUGGGCCUACUCAACUCGACGAGAGUACUGGCCAUGGCCUGUGCAGUCUGCGUGUGCCCUCCACCACGUGUAUUUUUUUGUUUUCUGUGUUUCGACUUGCUUGCGAAAUAUGUGCGGGGGUUCCCUGAAGGUGGUGUUUCGGUCUGGCCAAGUUAAGUUCCUUGCUCGAACUGGCUGUUGCGGUGAUCUGCUUGGUAUUUAGUUACUAAUGACAGGAGAUGUUGCCCUGUGCAUGAUUUGGUACAAGGCACCUUGCAUGUACUGCCGUUCUUUAACUCUGUUGCUUGUUGACCUUUUUCCUGAGAGGUCGGUGUCUAGGACAUGACACCGAACGCAGCAGUGGGGUCGAGUCGACUAUUGAAUGGUUGAUUUGUUAUUCUGAAGGAGUUGGGUUGGUUGCAUGAUUGCGGGGCCGUGAAAGCACUACUGCUGGUUCCAUGGUUUCACUUGGUGAUAUACUGGUUGAUGUUGCUCCAUGUGAUGUGUAGUGACGUGUGUGACUUGCUCGUCGUUUACUCCCCUGCUUGUUCGCUCACGUAGUCUAGUAAUGACCUUACUUGGUGCGUACGGUUGUACUCGGUGCAGCAAGUAAGAUGUAUUGUACUGAUCUAUCUCGCCGGAGGUUUAAGUACGUACG